AUGGGCUGCGUGCCCGCGCGGAGUUCACCUCCCUGCAACCGGAUCGGUUUUCCUUGCCCACAGAACGAAUUUUGAAGUAGAAAAAACUAUAAAGAAGCCAACGAAGACAAAGUGGAACCUUCAGAAAUCCUGUUGGCUGCUGGUGCUUCUCGCCCGAAGGCCCCCACUCUCUCGAGAUCUCUUCUCGCUCUCCUCUCCGUGCUUCCGAUUCCGUCGAGAGCUCUCUCUCGCUUCGGCGAUGGCUCCGGUCUCCGCCCUCGCCAAGUAUAAGCUGGUGUUCUUGGGGGAUCAGUCGGUGGGGAAGACCAGCAUCAUCACUAGAUUCAUGUACGAUAAGUUCGACAACACCUACCAGGCUACAAUUGGCAUUGAUUUUCUGUCUAAGACUAUGUACCUUGAAGAUCGAACUGUCAGACUACAACUUUGGGAUACAGCUGGGCAGGAGAGAUUUAGGAGCCUAAUUCCGAGCUACAUUCGAGACUCCUCUGUUGCGGUCAUUGUAUAUGAUGUCUCAAGCCGGCAGUCUUUCCUAAAUACUUCAAAGUGGAUUGAGGAGGUUCGCUCGGAGAGGGGUAGUGAUGUUAUCAUUGUCCUUGUUGGGAACAAAACUGACCUUGUUGACAAGAGGCAAGUCUCAAUAGAGGAAGGAGAAGCCAAAGCACUAGAUCUUGGUGUCAUGUUUAUUGAAACAAGUGCUAAAGCUGGCUUCAACGUAAAGGCAUUGUUCCGGAAGAUUGCUGCUGCACUGCCAGGGAUGGAGACUCUCUCAUCGACAAAGCAGGAAGACAUGGUUGAUGUGAACUUGAAGGCCACCAGUGCGAAUUCAUCCCAGUCACAGGGAUCAUCUGGAGGAUGCACUUGCUGACCCACGCAUCCAGGUCCUGUUACAUUGCUCUUACUAAUUCAUGCGAGAUACUAUCAAAUUUUGUCUGCUUUAUCACCUUUCUUUUUAAAGCUGCAUGGACCUACUUAGAAAAGGAAAAGGUGGCUGAGGUUCUGUUGGGUGAAUCAGUCUCUUGUCAGUGUGUUUUGUUGUAUUUAUUUCUAGCAUGUUCAUAUAUAAUUUCUAGUUCAUCAAGAGAUCUUGUAGUUUUGUAAAUGCGGACGGGGGUAUCAAAUGGACUGUCAGAAACACUUCAAACAAUUGUAGGCACAGGUGCUGCAGCCAAUUCCUGGCGGCAGUGAUAUAGAUAGAAAAUGUGUAGUCCGAUCGUUGUUGACAUGCUCAUGUUUAUUACCUGAACUGCUGGUGGUGACAUCUUUGCAUCAUUAUUGGAAGUUUCUCGUCCUGGACUACUAUGGGAAGGUUUUA